AUGGAGCAGAUGCCGCGCUCGGGUGGCUCGCCAUUUAAUUUUUCCUCGGGCAAUGAUCCAUCCGAUCCAGUCUUCCAACCACUGGGAUUGAAUUUGGCCAAAGCAUUCCCGGAGCAGUUGGAUUCAACUGCUCAUUUCAAUACAUCAUUUCAAAGACUCUCCACGCAACAAAAUGAGUCUUCAAACUACAUAUAUGACCCUGGUUUCUUCGAGAUCCCGUGGGAACGGAAUGUCACCACCUCCUUCAACAAUGAUGAGACUAUCGAUCCCCAUGAGAGGCAGUCAUUUCCAGCGGUGAACAGCGGACUCUUCGCCUCACAGGCGGAUGUUCCACUAGCUCUCCCCACCGAGACCGAUUUACAUUCUCAACACUCGUAUUUGGAUUCGAUGAACCAUUUGACUGAGUCUAUCCAUCGUGCACAUCUUGAGCAUGCCGGACCGAACUUCCCUGUGCCAAAUGCAGCCCCCAAUACAGGUCUUCCUAGAAGACGAAGUCGAUAUCUGAUCAGAUCUUCCCAGAGCUCUGGGUCUCCCAUCUUCAUUCCAAGUCAGGCCGACAGUGACCUGAACCCCAUGCAGCGGUGGCAAGAGUCCCCUCCGGAGGACGAGCCAGCCUCCAGGUCUGCGAUCAUCAGUGCUUUAAGGUCAUCAGAGCGGAGAGAUAUGAAAAUCGGGAGCCACGGCGCCUUUAAUGGUUAUCGACGACCUGCCUCACUGGCCAGCUCCAAUAGUGACACCAGCUUUUCCUCCCAUCAAUCAAUUCGCUCAACUAGAUCUGAGGCAUCAUCAGCAACGCAAGAAUCACAAAAAACGCAACGCCGCAAUCAAAAUCGAGUUCGAAAGACCGGAAAAAGAAGAACGGCGGCUAAAGAUGACACAAAUCGACCGUUCUGUUGCACUUUUUGCUGCGAUAAAUUCAAGAGCAAAUACGAUUGGGUCCGUCAUGAGAAAUCCCUUCAUCUAAAUUUGGAAGGUUGGGUCUGCGCUCCACAUGGAGGAUUUCCAAUUUCCCCAUUGACUGGAAGGCAACAUUGCGUCUUUUGCUAUUGCCUGGAGCCCUCUUUGGAACAUCUUGACGAACAUAACUACGGUCCGUGCUCGAGAACACGGCGCACUUUCCGGAGAAAGGACCAUCUUGUUCAGCAUCUCCGAUUAGCUCAUCGGCUUGAUAAAUUACCAGUCCUCGAUGAAUGGAAGACUGGCUCUGUCGAAGUGACCUCUCGUUGCGGCUUCUGUGAUCAUCGCCUCGAAAGCUGGGAGGAACGUGUUGAGCACCUGGCGGCGCACUUUAAGAAAGGACUGACAAUGCGCCAUUGGCAUGGAGAUCACGACUUUGAGCCGAGUAUUGCCGCACAAGUGAUGAACGCGGUACCGCCGUAUCUUCUUGCAUCCGAGUCCAUUUCAAUGGUACCCUUCUCAGCCACGAAUUCCAACAGCAAAGACCACCUUGCUCAGAUCUCCUCGCGAGCAGAUGGAGCAAAUAUUCGGGCGGAGGGGAGUCCGAAAGAGAGCGAGCUUCAGGAGAAAGAUGAAAGCACGGCUAUGUUGACUAGUUCUCUUGAACAGUUGCAAACCAAUAACGUUCCUCUGAACACUUUCUUAGAAGUUGUUACUAUGCACCUUGGCCAGUUCGCUCGGCAAAAUAUGAGUCAGGGUAUCAUACCCACGGAUGAAAUGUUCCAGCGGGAAGCUAGACGGGUUCUUUACGAUUCAGACGAUCCUUGGAAUCAGACGUUUGCCGAUAACCCUGAGUGGAUUUCCAACUUUCGGCGGAAUCAUUACAGGCAGAAUCAUUUCUCUAUGGAGCCUGGGGGGCAUUCAGAUCAAUAG